AUGCCUUUACUCGUGUCUCGUAGCAAGCUCUCGAUCCUAAUCUUGAUCAUGACACUUAUAAUAUCCAUACCAAUUGAAGGCUAUAGAUUUCAUCGAAAGAUUAAAAUGGCUCCAGCUACAUCUGAAUUUUUUUCGAAUAGUUCGCAAAUUCGUACCGGAAGGUUUUUAUUUGAUGAAAUAUUCGGUAUCGACGUUAUCGAUAAUAGUGAUUCAGACGAAGAUAGGCUCUGCACGUGCGAAUGCGGUUUAUCUAAUCAAGAGAAUCGAAUAGUGGGUGGACGUCCUACGCUACCGAAUAGAUACCCCUGGGUCGCAAGGCUGGUGUACGACGGUCAUUUCCACUGUGGUGCUAGUCUGCUCAACAACGAUUACGUAAUCACCGCUGCCCAUUGUGUACGGAAUUUGAAACGAUCGAAAAUUCGAGUGAUACUUGGUGAUUAUGAUCAAUACGUAAAUACUGAUGGAGUUGCCGUUAUGAGAGCAGUGAGUGUUGUGAUACGUCAUAGGAAUUUCGAUAUGAAUUCCUACAAUCAUGACAUAGCCUUAUUAAAAUUACGCAAGCCCGUAAAAUUUUCAAAAAAGGUUCGACCAAUCUGUUUACCUCAACCAGGAAUCGAUCCUGCCGGAAAAGAAGGGACUGUAGUGGGAUGGGGUCGUACUUCGGAAGGAGGCAUGUUGCCUGGGAAACUGCAAGAAGCGCAAGUCCCAAUAUAUAGCUUGGCGCAAUGCCGAAAAAUGAAAUAUCGAGCGAAUCGAAUUAGCGAUAAUAUGAUUUGCGCCGGUCGAGGUGGCAAUGACUCUUGUCAAGGAGACAGUGGCGGUCCUCUUCUCGUUCAAGAAGCCGAUAGGCUUGAAAUAGCAGGUAUAGUGUCUUGGGGUGUGGGAUGUGGUAGACCAGGUUAUCCCGGAGUUUACACGAGAGUUACCCGAUAUCUCAAAUGGAUCCACGCGAACAUGAGAGAAGGCUGUUCGUGCGCCAAUUGAGGACCUGCUUUCACCUCCGCCUUGUGUACAUAAAAUUUCACAUGUUAUAAUUGUAAUUAAUCGGUACGACGAGCACGUUUUACGUUAACAUUCAUAAACGUCUUAUUUGGG